AUUUUGAUUCAGCCAAACUUGACUUAGUGUUGAAAAUCUAAGUAUUUGUUAACUCAGACAACUUGUGCUAGUGGAGGUGUUGUUCAAGAGAAGGUGACUAAAGCUGCUUCAGUAGCACAUACGGCACUUCCGUGUUUUUAAGAAGUAUAUCAUAAUUAAGCUGGCCAGCAUUGUUGGAACAUUUUCAUUUGGGUGCAAAUGGCGACUUAUAUAUUAAGAUGAAGUUUGUCAGUGGAAAUAGCGGUGAGAUUGUCGGAGUGUGAGGGUGGGCGGGCGGCCAAGUGAGGCAGAGUGAGAGGUUGUCAUAAUGGUGUGUAAGGAUGAAGUGUGUCUGUGGUUUAAGAACAAUGAGCCACACCGCCGCCUGGAGUUGCUGUGUGGCCUGCUGAACAUGUGUCUACCCAUGGAGCUCAGGUUUAUUAGCACAUGUGUGGAAGACCUCGGCAAGAGGGACUUCCACGACCUCAGGGAAGCUGAAUACAAGGCCAACAACACGCAGGAGAUCAGCAAACUCUCUAACUUGUUAGAGGAGAGGACGCGCAGCAAGCUGAUAGUGUUCACAGCCUUGCUGAGCUCCAGGAACCACAGCUGCUCCUCUCUGCUGUACCAGCUGCUGGCACAGCACACCGCCCCUCCCACCGACCUCAACUACAUGAGGGAGAUGCUGCUGGUGUACACCAUGGUGCUCCACCACCCAGCCUUCACCUUCGAGCAGAAGAGAGUGAUAGCAGAGCUCCACAGUAGAACCUGCAGACUGGAAGCUCAGCUCUCUCACCAGAGCAACACUGAGGUGCUAGAUGCUCUAUCCCACAGCUGUAGUCCAACUACUGAGGGUUGUGACAGUGGUUUAAGUGUGGGCACAGAACCUGAAGGAGAUGGUCUUUUAGACAGCUGUGCUCUCCUUCCAACACCCAGUUCUCAGCUUCAUCAUCAUUACCAUCACCAUUCCCAUAGUUUGCCACCAGGUAAGCCCACUUUUGAGAUACGUGGAUUUUAGGUAGAAUUUGAAAUUUGACUUGCAUUAUGUACUUAGAGUUAAUGAAUACGUAUUAUAAAAUACGUCCAUAAAUUAUACUAUACGUAUUGUUAAAUACUGUAUAUGAACAUAAACAUUAAAUUUAUGAAUUGCCUAUAUAUUUCAUUUAUAUUUUCCUGCAUUUGCAAGUACUACUGUACAGUAUUGUCAAAAGCAGGUCAAAGUUUAAAACAAAAAAGAAAAUGUUAGAGCAUGAUGUACAGUAUAUGAAAAACACUCACAGCAGAGCAAACCUUUUUUUUUCCUUAUACAUUUUGAUAAAAUCCUAGUUAGGGUGGAACAUUGUCUGAUAAAAAAAAAAAACUUGCUCUGCUACUUGUGUUUUACAUAUUAUAUACCUAGUGUGUUGGCUGUUUGUCAGUAACUAUAUGAUGUACCAUACAAUAGUUAUUUCCCACUUUAGGCAUAUUCAGGUUACACAGUUUUUCUCUAUCAGUAUUUCUAAAGUAUACUGUAGUAUGUUCAAAAAGUGUGGUCUGUAACAAAAAAAUUACACCCUAAUGAAAUGGGAUAAAAUAGCUGCACACAACUGUGUGUGUGUGUGUGUGUGUGUAAGAAGUAAGUUGGUAGAUAUCAACCAUCCAGGGAGGUACUACUGUCCUGUAGAACAUGGUUAGAGGUCUUUAGAGGCCUAGCUGGAGCCAGUGAAUAUCACUCUCUGGUAUAGUAACUAAUAAGUAUUGGUCCUUUGAUAAUCAUUAAUUACACACAGAACAGUUGUAAAAUGUUUUGUGCAGUGAAAGUAGUAUAUUUUACAUACGGGUUGCCAGCAGUAGUUAUUACUAGUAAGAAUUUAUAGGCACCAACCAGCUUUGUGUAUGGUUCAACACUGCCACCAUUUGAAAUAAAGGAGGCAUUAGCAGUGCACUGUAUGGGGAAUGGCAGAAGCAGCAACAGUAUACAUUAGCACUAUUUGGUAACACGCCUGCGAGUCUCCCAGCAGUCAGCUGAAAGCAGAAUCCCAGGUUGUUUGUAAACAAACUCUUGUAUUCACUGAAGAAUGGGUCAGCACUUGCCUCAACUUUGUCCACUAAAUUUGGCAGUGGGUUAUAAGCCCAAGUUCUAAGGAGCUUGUGACUCAUGUUUUGUUACAGAUAACUGUUGUGUGUAUUGUUUGUACCUAUCAGAGGUGUAUAUUCUGUGUGUGUGUGCUAGGUGAGCACCGCACACCCACCAAAGAUGGUAAAUUCAUCAUAAAUAGUAUUAAGUUCACUCAAUAAUAUAAUCAUGGAUCAUAAUGGGAAACUAAUUUUUCUGUCCCCUGUUAUGAAAUAUUGUGAGAGCUGUUCUAAGAUAGCACUGCACGCCAAACAGCUAGUUGUAUCAUGCACAGCGCACACCUUGUGACAGUAGCCCACCAUACACCACUGGUACUUAUCCGCUAGGAAUUUUUAUUGACCUAAGAAAAGCUUUUGACACAGUAGACCACGGCAUCCUACUCCACAAACUUGACCAUUAUGGUAUA